GUACAGAUAGUACGCAGUGUUUUUACAUACAUGAACGUAGAAUACUUAGAUACUCGAUAAAGCCUUUUGUUUACCAAUUACUCCGGCAACCGAAGAAAAUUAUAAUGAGUGACGAUGAUCGAGACAUCGACAUUGAGAGCGAUGAAGGUGACGACUCCGAUUCUAGGCAGAGGCAUUCGAAUAACACCCAAUAUUAUUCCCAAGCAGAGAAACGUGCACAUCAUAAUGCAUUGGAACGUAAACGCAGAGACCAUAUUAAAGACAGUUUCUCCAGUCUCAGAGAUUCUGUACCAGCACUACAAGGUGAGAAGGUUGCAAGUAGAGCACAGAUACUCAAAAAAGCAGCUGAAUACAUACAGUCCAUGCGCCGCAAGAAUUCCUCACAUCAGCAGGACAUUGAUGAUUUGAAACGACAAAACAGUCUAUUGGAAUCUCAAAUUCGAGCUCUUGAGAAAGCGAAAAUAACAGGUAAUUUUGCAGCUGAGACUUGUGAAGUCACCAAAUCAGAAGGUGUACCAAUGUCAGGAUACAAUGAUACAGAAUCCGAGUCUUCAGAUAGCGAAGCAAGCAGGACCGUACGUCAGUCAAAAAAACUAAAAGUUGGAGGGCUCCAUCAUUGACCAACGGUUUGACCUGGUUUUUGUUCUCUUAAAAACCUGUUUUCUCUUGAGAACCGAAUUCUAUAUAAAUAUUUAUUUCUCCCUCCCAAAAAAAAAGAAACAUCAGGACAUUUGCUCACUGAAAGUUAAGGGGCAGACGAUUGUUUCAGUGAAGUAUUAAAUGUCUUAGAGCCAGUGUACAAAAGCGUACAAAAAAGUAGGGUAGCGUUAUGCUUAAUUAAAAGAUCGAUAUGAAAGAAUGUAUUGUGAAACACUUUGGAACAGCCUUUUAAAGUAUUCAAUUUAUAAAUUUGUAGGACGUUUAGAAUUAUUUU